AUGACUGGUUGGGCUACCAAGGUCAACGAUGCUGUCGCUGGCAGUAUCGUUGGUAGAAGAUUUCGCCUUCAGGGCUCCGGCCAUGUAAAGGCGAGAGAGGGUGCAAGAUUCCUCACGGAAAUCCGUGCUGGUCUCGCGACAUUCUUCGCCAUGGCAUAUAUCAUUUCUGUCAAUUCCACCAUUCUCGCAGAUAGUGGCGGGACUUGCGUGUGUACUGAUGCAAACGAUCCUAGUUGUUCUUCAGACGUUGAUUAUACUCUCUGUCUUGGAGUUAUCCGUCGAGAUUUCAUCACUGGGACUGCUGCUAUUUCUGCUCUGACAUCUUUCUGCAUGGGUUUAUUUGCGAACAUGCCUAUCGCAUUGGCUCCAGGAAUGGGUCUCAAUGCUUACUUUACUUAUACGGUUGUCGGAUUUCACGGGCUUGGACCUGUUACAUAUAGACUUGCCCUUACUGCGGUCUUCGUUGAAGGUUUUGUUUUUGUGGCUUUGUCGUUACUUGGAUUGAGACAAUGGCUAGCCAGAAUUAUUCCCGCUUCCAUCAAACUUGCUUCUGGAGUAGGAAUUGGUUUAUAUUUGACGCUCAUCGGUCUUGGCUACAGUGCAGGAAUUGGAGUUAUCACCGGAGCUACUUCAACUCCACUUGAGCUUGCAGGAUGUGUCAGCUCUGAAUUCAAGGACGGUGUUUGUCCCACAUCGACCAAAAUGCGCUCUCCAACCAUGUGGAUUGGAAUUUUCUGCGGCGGUUUUGUGACUGCCAUCCUUAUGGCAUAUCGUGUUAAAGGUGCUAUCAUUGCCGGUAUCUUGUUAGUUGCCAUCAUCUCGUGGCCAAGAUCGACUUCGGUCACCUACUUCACCGACGAUAGUGUUGGUAAUGCCAAUUUUGACUUCUUCAAGAAAGUUGUUACUUUCCAUGGCAUCCAGGAGACACUUGUGGCACAAGAUUGGAAUGUAGCCGGUGUUACUGGACAAUUUGGUCUUGCUUUCAUCACUUUCCUCUACGUUGAUAUCCUGGAUUGUACAGGAACAUUAUACUCCAUGGCACGCUUUGCCGGGGCUAUCGAUGAAGAAACUCAAGAUUUCGAAGGUUCAGCUGUGGCUUAUCUCGUAGAUGCUUUCGGUAUUUCCAUCGGCUCCCUUCUCGGUUUAUCACCAGUCACGGCAUUCAUUGAAUCCGGUGCUGGAAUCUCUGAAGGUGGUAAAACAGGAAUAACCGCUAUGGUCACAGGAUUAUGUUUCUUUAUCUCAAUAUUUUUCGCGCCCAUCUUCGCCUCUAUCCCACCAUGGGCUACAGGAUCUACUCUUGUUAUCGUUGGUGCCAUGAUGUGCAAAGCUGCUAAGGAUAUUAACUGGAAAUAUUGGGGUGAUGCACUACCAGCUUUUAUCACCUUGGCUGUUAUGCCUUUCACAUAUUCCAUUGCAUAUGGCCUAAUUGCCGGUAUCGUUUCAUACCUCAUCAUCAAUACCACAACAUGGGCAGUGGAGAAGAUCUCUGGUGGUCGUAUUGUACCAUUCGAUAAGGAGUUCAAGGAGCCAUGGUCAUACAAGGUUAAGGGUGGUAUUUUGCCAGCUUGGGUUGUAAGAGCUUCACAUGGAAAGAAAGACUUUUGGCACGAAGACCCACCUAUCAACACUUCAUCCGCAGGUUCCAUCUCGGUUACUGAUGAUGCGGAUAAAUCACGUGCUGGACCUGAAUCCGUGACUCGUCCCAUCAUUGAAAACAAAGCUGGCGAAAAGUUGGCUUAA